AUGCGGCACAGGAGCUCCGUCGCGGCGGUGGAGAGCGACCGCGGAGAGCUGCACCUCGUGCUGAGCCCGGCGAGGAGCGUCGAUACGCACGUGAUACGGGUGUGCAGCACGACGGGCGCCCUGGAGCACGGUCACGCGCCGGGUCUGGACGUCUUCCCCUCCCAGUCCGCGGCUGUCGCGCAUCUCAGGCGGAGGGGCGUGUGCAAGACGGUGACCGAGGGGUGCGCGCUGCUCGGCUGCGCGGCGUUCGGGGACUGCGCCCUCGCGCUCAUCGCGAAGAGGGUGCGCACGGCGGUGGUGCUGCCCAACGGCCACGAGGUGCUCACGGUCACCGAGGCGCAGUGGGUGCGAUGCGCGCUUCGCAACCCCGCGGCGGUGCUCACCCGCGAGGAGCGCGCCAACGUCCAGGCGCUCACCGACAUCCCGCUGGAGAACCUCUACUUCUACUGCGAGACCUUCGACGUCACCAGGUCGUUCGCCCACGCCACCGACGAGUCCAUCGCGUCUCCCGACGGCGAGUGGGUGUGGAACGAGUGGCUCGCGUCCCCCGUGCGCCGGCUCGGCAUCCCGGGCGCGUGCCCGGCGCUGCUUCAGGGAUUGGCCGAGAGCCGCGCGCUGACGGAUGCGCGGGGGGUGGAGUGGAGGCUCGCCGUGUUCGGCCGGCGCAGCCGCCUGCACCCGGGCACGCGGUACCUGGCGAGGGGGCUCAACGCCGCGGCGGCGCCGGGGAACGAGGUGGAGAUGGAGCAGCUGGUGUGGCGAAGGGGCGCGGGUGGAGCCGCGACGAAUGCGUCGACUGACCAAAAAGCUCCAUCCGAGAAUAACCACACGGAACCAAACGGGAGCGGGCGGAACUCCCCCGCGGGAAGCUCCGGGCGGACCUCUCCGGUGGUUACCGACAGAUCCGAGGCGUCGUCCCCGGGCGGGGGGACCGCGGGUGGUCCGGUGCGGUGGUCGUCUUACGUGUGGCGCCGGGGAUCCGUUCCCAUUCGCUGGGGCCAGGAGGUGAAGCAGGCCAUCGGCGAGGCUGACAUCUACAUCGCGUCGGAGAACCCGUACCAGGGCACGGGUCGGUAUUUCAGCAGGCUCGCGAGGCAGUACAGGCCGGGGGACGCCACGGACACGGAAGGGCUCCCAGUGACGUGCGUGAACCUGCUGAGGUGCGCGCCGGGUAAACCCGAGCUCUUACUCUCGGAGCAUUUUCACGAGGCUGUUCGCGGGGUUCGCAAACGUUCCGGUCUGUCCGCGAUUACCGUGCUCAACUUCGACUGGCACGCGAACAUCAAGUCCCUGGGCGAGGGCAAGACCGUGGAGGGCCUGUGGACCGCGCUCAGGUCGUACCUGGUGGACGCGGGAGUCUCGCACGGCGUCUGCGAAGCCGGAGCGGACCCGGGCUCGGGCUCGGGCUCGGGCUCGGGCUCGGGCUCGGGCUCGGGCUCGGGCUCGGGCUCGGGCUCGUCGGGGACGGACGCUUCCGCCGCUCGCCUCACGAAGAUGACGUUCAAGUGGCAGCGGGGCGUGCUUCGGUACAACUGCGCGGACUCGCUCGAUAGGACCAACCUGGCGAGCUACUUCGCCGCCGUGCAGGUUCUGGUCGAGCAGUGCGGGCUGCUGGGCCUGGAGGUGGUGUCGGAUGUUUCAAACGAUCCGGAUGGCGCCGGAGCUAACCCGGCGACUUCCGCGGUUGCAUCCGCGUCCGCCGCGACGUACGGGAGACGGGAGGCGUCGUCGGCGCCGACGCUGCCGCCCGGGUGGGAGAGCAGGCUCGAUCCCGUCACCGGGCGGACGUUCUACAUCGAUCACAACACCAAGACGACGUCGUGGACGCUGCCUCACGCGGCGCAACAGUCAGAGCCCGAGAUGCCAUCCGGCGCGUUGGACGACGCUCACGGCGGGCUGCGUAGGACCGCGUCCAUCGGCGGCGUGUCCAACGCGGGACCCGGGCCGUGGAGGCUCCUGGGGUCCGGGGUUGACGAGGUCCGAGGUAAGAUGUUGCCCGCCGCGCUUUCCGCGAUGUGCGAAAUUUUCCUCGUCAACGGUGACCUUCACGCGGCUGUGUACACCGCGUCCAGGGCGAUUCACACGCAGAUCUUUCACCUGCUCGACGGACGGAGCGUCAAGGCGGGCGGCAGCGGCGGGAGCAGCGCGUACCACGCCGCGGCGAGUCUGAGCAACAUGUCCAUCUCCGCGCAGCGAAGGUUUUUGAACAUGACGCAGGACGUGCACCGGCAACAGCAGUUUGAGAUGUUCCUCGGCGCUCACAGGGAGCGACACUUCCCCUCGUGCUCCAGGUACGGCGGCGGAGGACGCGGCGGCGGGAUCGUCGGAGGGGGGCUCGUCCGCUCCGACUCUGGCAACAACAUAGCCGCGACGCCGCCGAGUAAGUCGUCCUCUGAGCCUUCCUCGCCGGAUCCCGCAAACGGCGGACCCUCGACGGCUUUGACUGCGUCGUCGUCCAUCGUCGACAACGACGCGGCUGUGGCCGAGAGCACCGCGGUGCUCACGCGCCCGCCCGCCGCCGCCGUCCUCGUCGCGCCGCGGUCCAUGGGCGAACCGCUUUCGCCGCCUGAGGCUCUCCUGGCCGCGUGCACGGCGGGCGCGACCACGCCGCUGUGGGUGUGCCCGGCGGGUGAGCGCCGCGCGGCGAUGGCCGUCUGGCUCGGACGCCCCGGCGCGCCCGAGCAUUUACUCCUCACGUCCGCGCCGGGCGCGCCCGAGCACGCCGCUCCGAGGUUCGUGGACGUCCUCGGCGGUCCGUCGCUGGAUCGAUUGAGGCCGAUUUCGCUCAACCUCGCCGUGCCGAGGUCACCCCCGGGUACCCCCAUGCUAUUCCGCCUCGGGCUUCCGUCGUCGUCCGCGCGCGGCCGCGGCCGCGGGUGGAGCUUCGACGACUCCGUUCCGACGACGCAGCUCAUCGCGGAGAACGCCGCGAGGGACGUGGGAGGGGCGAUCGAGGCGAUGGAGCCCCCGCGUGGCGCGUGCCGGAUCAUCGCGGUGACGUUUCGAGCCUCCGACGACGGCGAUUUCGCCGAUAAGUUUUUGGUGUUGGGACACGUCGAGGUUCUCGGCGCGCCGACGGCGACGCCGGCGAUCGAACCCGUCGCGACAUACGCUGCUCCGGCGACGGAACGCGCCGGCGGCCCGCUCCGGUCGGUCUCGUCGUCCGCGGCGGCUCUCGCGUCGAACUUGUCGGGCAACAUGUCGAUGUCCGUCCCCGCGCUGCGUCGCCCGUCGAACGACGGCGGCGGCGACGACGUCGGAGGCGACGACGUCGGAGGCGAGACCACCGGCGGCGAGGGCGGUGGUGGAGGUGGCGUCGAUCCCCUCGGAGGUGUCGUCGAUCCCCUCGGAGGUGUCGUCGAUCCCCUCGGAGCCGCGAUGAACAUCCCCUCGGCGGCGGCUUCGACUCCCCCCGGGACGGGCGCGACUGAGAUCGAAUACGGGGACAGGGCGAUGGCCGCGAUGAACGCCGCGGAAAUCGGCGCUGGACGUCCUUCGCUGGAGUCGCUGUUGGAGCUCGAGAGGGACAGGCUCCGGCUGGGUCUCCCCGCCCGAAGCAGGGACGGCGUCCUCGCCGCGAGGGGUUUGUCACCGCGAGACUUUGAUCCCCUCCCGGCGCUCCUUCGCCGCGACGUCGACGCGCACAGACGCGCGCUCGCGGAUGAACGCGCCGCCGCCGCGGAACGCGCCGCGCAGACGCCCUCCCGCCUGUCUAGCAUCGCGUCGAUGUCCCCGUGGGAGCAGCUCAUGGGGACGGGCGUCUCCGUCGUGCGCACCGCGGCUGGGGUGGUGUACCCCGGCGCGGCGGCGUCGUCGGGGCGGGACACUCCGACGCGGGAGCAGCAGUCCGGCGUCGCGCGGGAUCAGGACGGGUCGUCGUCGCGGGCGUCGGAGCCGACGGACGCGGCGUCGCUCGCCACGCCCGCACGCGAGGCGGCCAGACCGGCGGCGCUUCUCGAGGCGCUCCGCCGGGAGCGCGAGGAUUCGCUCCUCGCGGAGAUUGAGGCCCUGGCGUCGGCGACGCACGCGGGUAGGCUCCGCGACGCCGGUGCCGAAGGGGGUGCCGAAGGAGGUGCCAAAGCGAUGGACGCCGCGCCGGAUUCGCCCGCGAUGCCGCUCAGGGCGCUCCUCCCCGACGGAUCCGUCGACGCCAAUCCGAUUCGCCGAGCCGACGACGUCGCCGUCAGCUGCGCCACCGGCACCCUGGGCAUCGUGACGACCUCAUCGACGACGCGAGGGCGCGAGGAGGAGACGUCGACGACGUUCGUGCUGCGAACGCGCGCGGCUGUCGUCGGGGCGGUGCUACGCGCGGGCGCCGACGGCGUCGCGGCCGCCACGCUGACCCUCUCGACUGGCGACGACGUUCCCGCCGUUUCAUCCGCCGACGCGACCGUUUCAUCCGUUACGACGUGGACGCUGGGCGCGCCGCGAGUCGGAAUCGGCGAGUCGCCGCGAUCGAACGACGACGACGGCGGCGACGACGACGACGACGACGCGAGCGACGCACCGACGGCGACGCAAAGACGCGCGCUUCGAGGCGGCGAGGUUUUCGCCGUUGUCCUCGCCGAGCCGACCCCGCCCUGUCGGGUGGUUCGACUGACGGCGCGAAACGUCUCGAGCGGCGACGGCGCGAGGGGUUCCGACGCCGGCGACAUACCGCUCGACCUCGCGUCCGCGCGUUUCGUCGUUCGUCCGACGUUCCCGGCGAACACGCCGUCGCUCGUCGGGUCCCCGGACGACGAGGGUUUGUCGGAUCCGGCUAUGGUUUCCUCGGCCGCCGCCGCGGACUUCGCCGAUCCUACGCGGGACGCCGUGGCGAGGCUCUCCAGCCGACCCGAGGUUGCGCGCGCGCUGGAGAACUCCGCGCCCAACCACGGGAUCCGCUCCAGGUCCCCCGUCGCGUUCGAGGAGGCGCAUUCGAACGGAUCGGUGCUGCACGUGGGUUUUCCACCCGCGAGUAAAACAGUGAGCGGGUUUCGAGUCUUUCCGCCGGAUCCGCAGCCCCGCGCUCAGCCGUGGGUGAUCAGGGUCUACGCCCUCGCCGAGGAAGAGCAGCAGCAGCAGCAGCAGCAGCAGCAGCAGCGUCACGGCGUUUCCCUGGGCGGCGAUCCUCUGGGAUCGUCGCUGGGUUCGUCGCUGAUGGGUGGCCCCAUGUCGUUUGAGCCUCCUCUGCUGCCCGAGGAGACGCUGACGCACUUGGGCGACUUUGCGGUUCCGACGGUUCGUAACCGCACGCCGCUCUGCUUCGACCUCGGGGAGGAGGUGGACGCGCGCCUGCUGAUCUUCGAGUCCGUGGCGGGCGAAGGGCGGGACACCGGGUGGGCGGCGCCGCCGCCGUCGCUGAGCGGGAGGGUGCAGUGCUAUCGCCUUCAGUGA